GCUAUAGCAGGUCCGGUUUCAGUAAUGUAAAGAAAAAAUGUAAGUUAACAUUACAUCUUCGAAAGCGUUAGCGCGCGUGCCAUGUACGUUAGGGGAAAAGGUAAUUAAUUGUAUAAUUAGUGAGCAGGGUGUCUACAGGGACACUAAAGAAAUUUGAAAAGGUGAACAUGGAAACCUUCGUAGUGCUUACUUUUCACAGCAACCUCAUUUUCAGUCGUUUCCUGGUCGUUACGGUAAAAACCCGAAUAUACGCGCAGUGCAGUUUGUCCAAGCUGCCGGUUUGAGCGCGCGCGCGCGGCAGGGGUAUCAUAGCAACCACGCCAAACACCGUGGACGCGGAGGCCUGAGCAGUGUUAAUGAAGCGCGAUCAUGUCUACACCACGGGAACAAGAGGCAGCACAGUACCUCGAAAAUCACAAAAUCGUUGAACUCAUGAACAACUUAACCAGCAUGCUCUUCUAUUACAGACCAGAACACCCAAGGGAAUUCCUGAUUUCCCAACUUGAGCAAAUGCAAGCAUCCAAGCUUCAGGAAGCUGGUAGUCCAUGUCUGUUCGAUGAUUCCAACCUGGAUGCAGUGUGUGGUGUCCUAGAUCCUACAAACCAAGGGUACAUCUCUUACAACCAAUAUAGAGAGGCACUGAAGACACUUGGAAUCCAGCAUUUUAAUGAGUGUCCUGAGGGUCUGGGAAAUGACAGGAUAUCACACGAGACGUUUAAACGAGAAGCGAAGGAGUGCCUUAUGAAAAACGCAGCAACGUUCCAGAUGUAAUUAUUCAGCCCUUAUUACCGUGGAAUUAUUUUGUAAGCCUAAUAAAUGUUGUGUCCUUAUUUCUAGGAUCAGUGUUUGAAUUAGUAAAUAUCUCACAGUUGUAAUAUACAGUCUUGCUCAUAAAUUGUUUGAGAGGCUACAAACAUUGCAUUGCUGGUACUGUCUGUGCAAAGUCCCUGUGCAUGAUCUCAUCAUACCUGUUUGGGUUGCCCCCAUCUCCCAGAAUAUGCUAAACUGUCCCUAUAGGUUUGUGUGUGUGCAUGCUACCCUGCGAUUGACUUUGGUCUCAUCCAGGGGUGUGUUCCUGCCAGUGUCCCAGUGUUCCCAUGAUAGAGGUUAUGGAUCCAUAUUUCCCCCAAUAUUUUUUUGUUUUGUUAUAUCUUGGUCAUGUAUUUUAAUAAAAUGCAUUUC